CUGAAGUGCACUUGCAUCUUUUGAGAGCCACAAAAACCAGCCAGAAGCCACUCCAUCCCACCUUCUUUGUUGAUUGUCAAUGAUCAGAUCGACAUACAUUAUGAUACAUAGCUAAGUACACAUGUGCAUAGGUACAGGUAGGUACCCUAAUGUAUGUACAUUACCUAGUACCUAGUACUAGGUACUACAUGUAGGUACCUCUGUACUGUGGAUCGUUAGCUUAUUUACACCUUGCCCAAGUACAAAACCAUCACCGCCAGUCUACCCCUCCUACCGAUAUUUCAACCACUCGCCAGCUUCGUCCAUUUAUUUACAUUCUUUCCAAACAAUACUAACAAUAGUAAAAAUACAAAUUUACCUGCAUACAUAAUCUAUACUCAUUCAUAGAGCUAGUUCUCUUAAAAUCUUCUUAAAAACUCUUUUCCAUCCUUCAAAAUGGCCUCACAAGACGAUAAUGAUCACUUGCCUGAGGAGACUCAGGGCUAUAAGCUCUCCCAGCCCAAGCAGAGCUUGGCUGAAUAUCAGAAUAUGGAUUCCAAUGAUGAAUCCCUUCAACGAUACAAGCAGUCCCUUGGCCUUGGUGGUGGAAAGGACCUUUCUGAUCCAAACGACACCCGUGUCUGCAUUAUUCACUCCCUAACCAUGGAAUCGCCUGGACGUUCCGCGGUCACUAUUGACUUGUCUGCUCCCGGUAGCGAGGUUACCCUCAAAGACCGCCCAUUCAAGAUUAAGGAGGGCUGCAAAUUCACCAUGGUAGCCACUUUCAAAGUCCAGCACGAAAUUCUCAGUGGCCUGCAGUAUGUCCAAGUUGUCAAGCGCAAGGGUAUCAAGGUUAGCAAGGACUCCGAGAUGUUGGGAAGCUACGCCCCAAACACAGACAAGCAACCUCUGUACUCCAAGCGCUUCCAAGAGGAAGAGGCCCCAGCCGGCAUGCUCGCUCGAGGUCACUACAACGCUACAUCCAGCUUUGUUGAUGACGAUAAGAAGACUCACCUGCAGUUCGAAUGGAGCUUCGACAUUUCCAAAGAUUGGUAGACGGUCCGGAGGAUUUGUGAUCACAGAGAAGACGUUGGUGUGGAGUUGAAGAAAAGACGGCGAGAGGGGAGUGACACGAAUGUAAAAAAAGGAAUCUGGUAGCAGCUUGCAAGCUGCGAACCCGCCCGAAGCUCAGCCUAUUCCGAUGGCGUAUGAGUAGAAUGUUGUGUUAUUAAGAAGCCGGUGGUUAGAGGUGGAAGUGUUAAUUGUUGUAGUAAGCAGUUUCUUCGUGGGGGAUCGACAACUACAUAUACAUACAUCAUCCCCCCUUAUCAAUUUCACUGCAUUCAUUUUGCAGUAACUACUGUUUGUUUGCAGCAGCAGCAAUUCACGAAACCUUUUUUUCUCACCUGCACACAUCUUUUAACGAUGGUAUACAAUAAAAAAAACAACCCUUAGAUAGUUACGCACACGGUUGGUUUUUCUUUUAAUAAUAAAAAAGGACCUGGGUAUUUUCGAUUCUUUUCUUUCAUGCUAGAUUGAGGUAUCUCUCUCUCUUUCUCUCCUCCAAGAAAAAACAAACAAACAUGCUUAUAUCUAUGUUGUGCAUGUUGCUGUAUGCUGUGCCUGCCUGCCCUAUUCUCAGCCGAGUUCGAUCGGUGCCUCCCUACGUAGUUAGAUAGGUAGGUACGUGUGUACGUAGGUAUGUAUGUAUGUAUGUAU